AUGGCGGUCACCAGCGCCCCAUGCCUGCCAGACACCCCUAAGCUCAGGGCACAGGCCAGCCCUCCCAGCGGAAACAACUCCCCAGUUCUGCUCGCCGUUCAUCACAGUCGCCGCUUUGCUAAACGUCCAUCACACUCGACCCUCUUGCUGCCACCUCUCUCUACCCCUCGCCACCGAGUGAUCACUCGCUCACAGUCAGUCGACUUUCCUACACACCAACCUCAAGCCUUUGGCGCUACACGCGUACCUCAAAAGCCCUCUGUGAUGCGGACCGCAGCUCCUCCCGCUAUUCGCUUGGAAGCACCAGAUAUCCCCACUGCUCGCCUGGAAGCACUCAAUAGCCCCCCUCUCCUCCCACCGACCACAUACCAAGUCGGACCGGCGGCUUCUCCACUCUCUCUCACACCGUGCUCUCCUCCAUGGCAGACAGAGUUCCACCGCUCACCAUCCCCGACAAUUCUGAGUACUCUUGACAAGAUUUCGCCUCCCAGCAGUCACCCGGCUGCCCAUAGACGGACCCUCUCGGACUUUGGAUCGUCGCCACCAACCUCCCUCGUAGCCGCAGCGCCUACGACAUCAAAUCAAUCCAAGCCAGAGAACGGAGUAGAUCUCUGGCCUGCCCCUGCCACACCUCAUAUAGCUGCCUGCACCUUGACAUCGAUGCCGCCUCUGCACCCGCUGAUGCCCCGGCUGGACCAACUCUACCCUCCUUUCAAGCCGUCACAGGAUGCGAUACCCUCCCGUGUCAAGAGUGACGCCUAUGCCAGCAACCAACAAAGUGCCUGUGCACCCGCAGAGGUGGAGAUGGUCCAUCGAAAGUCUCGGGCGCGUCUCAGGGAAGCCUACAGCGAUGUGCCCUACGUCGCGCUGAAGAAUGCGAAUGGAAAGAAGCCACCUCCUAUCGCAGCUACACCCAUAUCGACCAGGCGCGCUCAGCCCUCUCUCUUCUUCCCCCUCACUCCCGAGACCGAGACGGCGCACCAUCCAGCGCGUCCUGACGACGAGAUCAGGCUCCGCCUCCAGCUCCUUUCCCCCCCUCCUACCACCAGGCGUAUCGAGAAGCGCGAGAAGCGCAAUCACCCAGCCUCGUUCGACAGCCCCUUCAUCGACAGAGGCCUAGAGGGAAGGGAGAAGACUGGCCAGGUAGUGAGAAAGAGCGGCUCGAUGAUGGAGUUCCCGGAAAGAGUUCAGGUGGUGAGGGCAGCCAAGUCUCAGGCGCUGAGGGCCAUCUCGCCUGGGAUGUGGGACAUGCCGGAGGGCGCACGAGAGCAGACGCCUACGCCUACUCUUAGCCAACCGAUGACCGUGACUAUUGGGCGUCAGUUUGACGGUGGCGUUCCACAGGUAGCGGCGCCGAGGGACAGGACCAGAGAAAAGGCGGAGGCUGGGUCGAGUAAGAAGGGCAAGAAGUCACUGCGGGGACCAAGAACGACGGAAGUUUGUGACACUUGCAGAGCAAACCAUCGCAAAUGUGACGGCCAUAUUCCCUGUCGAGUGUGUAUCAAAAGGAGCUACCGAUUCUGCCUCUACUCUGGCACGGCCACUCAUCCAAGAAACGAGCCUCUUGUCGCGUCAGCAGGUGGAACACGGGAUUGUGAGGUAUAG